AUGGCCGCUCGCUCUCGUUUGGUAGAUCUUGCUAGUAUUCCAACAGUGGCACAGCUCUAUCGCACCAAGAAGCUGCUUCCAGGGGAGUCAAUCGAUUCGGCUUUCCCUCCGUCACAACAACUAAAUGACAGCAUCGCACUGAUUCUCAACGAUAUCACUAAAUUGGACAUCGACUGCAUCGUCAACGCAGCAAACAACUCCCUCCUUGGCGGCGGAGGUGUCGACGGAGCAAUUCACAGGGCCGCAGGGCCGCAGCUCCUGGAAGAGUGCUCCGAGCUCGACGGAUGUGAUACAGGCGAUGCGAAAAUCACAAAAGCAUACGAGCUGCCUUGUAAAAAUGUCAUACACACUGUCGGGCCAAUCUACUGGGACAGAUCUCGGCACCAGAAUACCGCUCACCCCGAGACUUUGCUCCGGUCUUGCUAUCGAACUAGCAUGGAACUUGCGAUGCAGCAUGGCCUGAAGACCAUCGCGUUCCCGGCCAUCAGCACUGGGGUAUACGGUUACCCUAUUGAUCUUGCGGCGCGUGCCGUAACGCAGGAGGUCCGCCAAUUCUUAGAAACACAUGCUGGAGUACCCAAUGCCCUGCAACAAGUUAUCUUCUGCAAUUUCGAGCCUCGGGAUAUGAAUGUGUAUGCGCAGAUGUUCACCCAAUUCCUCCCUCCGACUCCUGAAGAUCUUCGCAUCGCUGAUCAAGGUGCCGGUGCCGGUGUUACAAAUGGUAUUUAG